AUGAUGCUCGGAGGGACCAGAUUGAGGGACAUGAUCCGGAAUGUCCGCGCAUGUAAAACAGCGGCCGAGGAGCGAGGGGUGAUCGCGAAGGAAUGCGCGAAUCUACGGACAGCGUUCAAGGAGAACGACAUCGAGUACCGGCACCGCAACGUGGCGAAGCUCAUGUUCAUCCACAUGCUCGGCUACCCCACGCACUUCGGCCAGAUGGAGUGCCUCAAGCUCAUCGCGUCGCCGGGGUUCCCGGAGAAGCGCAUCGGGUAUCUGGGGCUCAUGGUUCUGCUGGACGAGCGCCAGGAGGUGCUCAUGCUCGUCACCAACUCCCUCAAAAACGACCUGAACCACACGAACCAGUUCAUAAUCGGGCUGGCGCUGUGCGCGCUGGGCAACAUCUGCUCCAGCGAGAUGGCGCGCGACCUCGCGCCCGAGGUGGAGCGCCUGCUCAACAGCAACAACUCCUACAUCCGCAAAAAGGCGGCGCUGUGUUCGGUGCGCAUCAUCCGCAAGGUGCCGGACUUAGCGGAGUACCUGCUGGGGCCGGCGUCGGGGCUGCUGCAGGACAAGCACCACGGCGUGCUGCUGUCGGGCACCAAACUCGCCAUCCAGCUCUGCGACACGCACCCCCCCGCCCUUGAUUACUUCCGCAAGCAAGUGCCGACGCUGGUGCGCAUUCUGAAGAACCUGGUGGUGAGCGGGUACGCGCCUGAGUAUGACGUGGGCGGCAUCACGGACCCCUUUCUGCAGAUCCGCGUGCUGCGCCUGCUCCGACUGCUCGGCAAGGGCGACCCAGACGCCAGCGACAUCAUGAGCGACAUCCUUGCUCAGGUAGCAACGAACACGGAGGCGAACAAGAACACGGGCAACGCGAUUCUGUACGAGUGUGUGCACACCAUCUUUGGCGUGGAGGCCAUUGGUGGCCUGCGUGUGCUCGCCAUCAACAUCCUCGGCCGCUUCCUCGCCAACCGUGACAACAACAUCCGGUACGUGGCGUUGAACACGCUGAUCAAGGUGGUAGCGGUGGACACACAGGCCGUGCAGCGCCACCGCAACACCAUCGUCGAAUGCGUCAAGGAUUCGGACAUUUCCAUCAGGAGGAGGGCGUUGGAGCUGGUGUGUGCGCUGGUGAACGAGGGCAAUCUCAAGGCGCUCACACGCGAGCUGCUGGACUACCUGCGCGCCGCUGACUCUGACUUCAAGCCCGACCUCACCUCCAAGAUCUGCGCCCUCGUGCAACGGUACGCGCCCAGCAAGCUGUACCAUGUGGAGAUCAUGCUGCGAGUCAUGACCGAGGCAGGGGAGUAUGUAACAGAUGACGUGAUCCGCUUCCUGGUGGUGCUCAUCAGCAACGCACCUGAGCUGCAGGGCUUCGCAGUGCGCUCAUUCUUCCAUGCCAUGCGCUCCUGGAAGGGCCAGGAGAGUCUAGGAGUGGUGACGGUGUGGUGUCUGGGCGAGUACGGGGAGAUGCUCGUCAACAACACCGGGCUUCUGCAGGGCGAAACGCCCCUCCAGGUGGCGGAGGCAGAGGUGGUGCAGAUGCUGGAGGGCAUAAUGAAGGACACACGCGCCACGCCCACCCUCAAGGCCUACGUCCUCGUUGCUCUCCUCAAGCUCUCCUGCCGCUUCCCCUCCUGCUCCCAGCGCAUAAAGUGGUUGGAGGAGCAGCACCGGCACAGCCUGGUGUUGGAGCUGCAGCAGCGCUCAGUGGAGUUCAGUGCCGUGCUCGCCCGCCACGACAAGAUCAAAGCCACGUUGGCAGACAAGAUGCCAGCACUGGAUGAGGUGGCGUACCGCUCCAAGCGCGCUGACCUGGCGCCCGACGCAGCGGCGCGGGCAGCAGCGCCAACAGGGCAACCAUCAGCCAAUGGCGCGGCGGCAGCAGGCGGGGCGGUGGGGGGAGUGCGGGCAGCAGCAGCACCCCAGGCGCAGGCGCAGGUGCUAGCAGACCUGCUUGACCUCACAGCUGAUGACUCCUCUGCUGCCCCUGCUGCCGCUGCCGCUGCCCCCGCUGCUGCUGCUGGAGGGCUGCUGGAUCUGCUGGGAGGAGUCAGUGCACCGGCUGCUGUUGCCGCUUCUGCGCCUGCACCAGGCGGGGCAGACCUGCUAUUGGACCUGCUCUCCCUCGGAGAUGCACCGGCACCCCCAGCAGCAGCAGCAGCACCUGCCGCCAUGCCAGCUGCAGCCAUAGACCCACUAGCAGGCCUCAUGGGCGGAGCAGCACCCACCCUCAUCACCCCCACAUCAGCACCAGCACCCUUCGCCCCAGCUGCCGCAGCAGCAGCAGCAGCGGUGGAUCCGUUUGGAGGCUUUGCAGCGGCGCCGGCAGCAGCACCGGCAGCAGCGGCGGCGCCGGCGUUCCCGGGGAUAGUGGCGUUGGAGAGCCGAGGGCUGCGCAUCACGUUUGAGUUUGCCAAGGACCCUGCUGCACCGCAGAGCACCACCAUCAGUGCCACCUACACCAACUCCUCGCCCUCGCCCCUCACUGACUUUGUCUUCCAAGCCGCCGUGCCCAAGUUCAUGCAACUGCAGCUGGAGGCAGCAUCAGGGGCCGUGGUGCCGGCCAGCAACAGCGGCAGCGUGACACAGACCAUGCGCAUCACCAACACCCUGCAUGGCCAGAAGCCACUGGUGAUGAAGUUGAGGGUGUCAUACAAGGUGGCAGGGCAGGAUAUCUUGGAGCAAGGCCAGGUGUGGGUGACAACCAUAGUGGUGAACGCUUCAUACGACAAGGCAGUGGAGGAUGGCACGUGGCGCCUGCACUCCUUCUUCGCCGGCCACAACGCGCGCUCCGAGCCCAUCGCACUCACCGCCCCGGUCCUCACCAUGCCGCGCCCCGAGGCAGCCGGCUACGAGGUGUCCCUGGUGGUGCCGCGGCGCUACUCGCCUGAGAGUGUGCCGCAGCCCACAGACCCGACAGUGAAGCUCGUGCUGAUGCCGCGCGGUGUGGUGCGUGCUGUGCUGGGGCCGUUUGGGGGAUUCCCCACGGAGGCGGUGUAUGGCAGCAAGCUGCAGCGCCUUAAAGGGUUGUUGGAGCGGCGUGGCAUGGGGUUUGAUGAAAGCUCGGGCGCGUAUGCGGGGUACAGUGGGCCGUACACACUGCUUAAUAGGAAACAGGAGCUCUCGUCAAAUCCCCUACUCUCCUUUCUCCCCCUCCUUUUCCCUUCCGCCCCUCUAACGCGACUGGGAACACCAACAUUCAGCGCCAUGGUUCUCAAGACGGAGCUCUGCCGGUUCAGCGGCGCCAAGAUCUACCCCGGGAGGGGCAUUCGCUUCAUCCGCGCCGACUCGCAGGUGUUUCUGUUCGUGAACGCCAAGUGCAAGCAGUACUUUCACAACCGCCUCAAGCCGUCCAAGCUCGACUGGACCGCCAUCUACCGCAAGCAGCACAAGAAGGACGUGCAAGCGGAGGGCGUGCGGCGGAAGAAGCGCACGACCACCAAGGUGCACAGCCGCUCCAUCGUGGGCGCGUCGCUCGAGGUCAUUCAGAAGCGCCGCUCCGAGAAGGCCGAGGUCCGCGCCGCCGCCAGAGAUGCCGCGCUCCGUGAGAUCAAGGAGCGGCUGAAGAAGGUGAAGGAUGAGAAGAAGGCCAAGAAGGCAGAGGUGACAACCAAGCAGGCCAAGGCCGCUACCAAGGCGGCAGCCCCACGCGCUUCAGGGCCCAAGGGUGGCAAGGGCGCAGUCGCCUCGCCCCACCAGGCCGCCACCAUGGCGCUCGUAGCGAACGAGGGGUUUCAGCACAUUCUGCGCGUGCUCAACACCAACGUGGACGGCCGGACCAAGAUCAUGUACGCGCUCACCUCCAUCCGCGGUAUUGGCCGCCGCUUCGCUAACAUCGUCUGCAAGAAGGCGGACGUCGACCUCAACAAGCGGGCGGGCGAGCUAUCGGCAGCGGAGCUGGAGAAUCUGAUGGUGAUAGUGGGCAACCCGCGGCAGUUCAAGAUCCCCGACUGGUUCCUGAACAGGCAGAAGGACUACAAGGACGGCCGCUACUCGCAGGUCGUGUCCAACGGACUCGACAUGAAGAUGCGCGACGACCUCGAGCGCCUCAAGAAGAUCAGGAAUCACCGUGGGCUGCGACACUACUGGGGCCUGCGUGUGCGUGGGCAGCACACCAAGACCACUGGUCGCCGUGGCCGGACUGUUGGUGUGUCCAAGAAGCGAUAG